AUGUCUUCCAAGAAAACCGCAAUCCUCACGGAAAACGCCCCACAGUUGCCGGGGAUCCUCAACCAAGCCAUCGUCGCCAACGGCACCGUCUACUGCUCCGGCCAAGUCGCACUCGAUCCCGCCACGGGGAAACUCAUAGAGGGAGAUAUCAAAGCUCAUACUGUAAGAACGACACCUCCCUCCCUCCCACCAAAGAAAAAACCAAAAAAAAAGAAGAAGAAGAACCCAAAAAAGAAGGGACAUAAAUAACUGAUAAAUGGGAUGAAUGGAUAUAUAUAGCACCAAAGUCUCAAAAACCUCACCGCGAUCCUGCAAGCCUCCGGCACGACGCUCGAGAACGUCGUCAAGGUCAAUGUUUUCCUGGCGGAUAUGCGGGAUUUCGGCGCCAUGAAUGAGGCGUAUGCGACGUAUUUCGGGGAGGUGAAGCCUUGUAGGACGUAAGUUUUUUCUUUUUUGACUCCCCCCAAAACAAAAUCUAUCCUUCCAUUGCAAUUCCACAACGACAAGAGCCAUCUCGCUGACUUCGGGGACGAUUUUAUCUAUAGUUGCGUUGCUGUCAAGCAAUUGCCUUUGGGAACGGAUGUGGAGAUUGAAUGUGUCGCGGUCUUACCGUAA